GGACGCGUACAGGGAAGACUUUCUCGACUUGACAAUGCGCUAGUGUGUUUUCAGCUGUGUAACAGUUAUAUAAUGCCCGCUUAACGCCGUCCUCCCCUGGCCGAGGUUCAGUUUCAGUUUGAGGAAUGCUGCUCCUGACUUGUUGCCAUAUAGGUCUCUGUACAUGCGUAUUACCCUCAUAGUGUAGGCUGUUUGCGAGUUUGCACAGUCAUGUUGGUGUAGAAACCCCCCCCCCUUCCCCCUUCCCCUCCCAAACACCCAGCGGACCUGGACGAGUUACGCACCACCGCGAGUGUUUUCUGUACGGGGGUGAAAACAGCUGUCGUGUAAACGCGGACUUUGGAUAAGCAUCAAGAAAGGAAGCGGUCAAAGAACAUUCCUGCCAGGAAUACAUCACAGUGUGCUCUUUCACACAUCUGCCAACCACUUCCUCUUUUCCUGUGACUCUCUAAAGUGCAGAGGACUCUGACAUUUCAGAAUGGAUUACUUUGAAAACCCUGAAACCCGUCGAAACGGGACAAACAACCAUUCGGCGCUCGUGGUUUGACCCGUGCCGUGCGGGGGGGAAACUAUCUAGUCCCGAUUCAAACGGCAUGAAGGCAGCCAUGUUGGAGCCUGGAUCUGUGGACGGGGGACGAAUCAGCAAGGUUUUUUAUCGACUAUAUUUCUGCAGACAAACACGUGAGCUGGACAUAUUUUAUGUUGCAUCUGGCUUUGUCACUGGACUAUUUGCUCUGCCAGCUGGCUGUGAGUGGGAUCACAGACAAAUAGUACCAUUAAACUGUUCUCUUCCCUAACUUCUUGGGAAAUGCGGUGUUGUUGUUGAAAAUAUUUUUGAGUUACAAUUGAGAAGAAAUGGAGGAGCUAAGGACAUAUGCACAUUGUAGCUUUUACAUGAACAAUUUAAAGACCGAAGGAGUUUCCUCUUAAAAAUCCUUCCUCCAAUGGGAUAAGUGGUAAACACAUAUUGAACUAUAAAGGACUUAAAUCUAAAAAGGUUGAUCCCGAAAGAAGGGUACUCCGCCACCUCUCUCCCAGGAUGCAUUGCCAGUCGAGGAAGAAACGCCCCACGCGUGACUCAGAUUUCUCAGCCAUCGCGGUGCCCUCCAUGCACGGCUCCGGCUGUCUUGACUACACGGUCGAGACUCACGCUUCCAGAUCCCUCCGAGUGAUGGAGGAGUUCCGACAGCACGAGAUGUUGUGUGAUCUGGUGCUACAUGUGACACACAAGGAUAGGACGGUGGACUUCAAGGUGCACAGGGUGGUCCUGGCCUCCUGCAGCCCUUACUUCAGAGCCAUGUUUACCAGCAGCUUCAAAGAGUGUCGAGCCUCCGAGGUCACACUGCGCGAUGUCUGCCCCCAGGUGGUUGGAAGACUCAUUGACUUUGCAUACACUGGCAACAUCACCGUGGGAGAGACGUGUGUGUUGCAUGUUCUUUUGGCUGCAAUGAGGUAUCAAAUGGAGGAUGUAUCCAAGGCAUGCUGUGAUUUUCUCAUUAAGCACCUCGAGCCUGCUAAUGUCAUCGGCAUCGCUCGCUUUGCCGAGGAGAUCGGCUGCACAGAGCUGCAACUGCGAAGCCGAGAGUAUAUCAACACACACUUCAAUGAGGUGACCAAAGAGGAUGAGUUCUUCAGCCUCUCUCACUGCCAGCUGCUUGAGCUCAUCAGUCAGGACAGUCUCAAGGUGCUCUGCGAGUCUGAGGUGUAUAAGGCGUGUACGGACUGGGUCCGCUGGGAUACGGAGGGUCGAGCUCAAUAUCUUCAUGCCCUCCUGAAUGCCGUUCAUAUCUACGCUCUGCCUCCAAAGUUCCUGAAGAACCAGCUUCUGUCCUGCCCCAUCCUCAGCAAGGCCAACUCCUGUAAGGACUUCCUGUCUAAAAUCUUCCAGGAUAUGACUCUGAGGAAGCUGCCUCCUGCUCCAAACCGAGGAACUCAACUCAUCUAUGUGGCUGGCGGAUACCAGCAGCAUUCACUGGCCUCCAUGGACGCUUAUGAUCCCAGGAGGAAUGUCUGGCUGAAACUGGCAGACAUGGGGUCUCCAUGCAGUGGCCUGGGAGCCUGUGCGCUGUUUGGACUGCUCUACACUGUCGGGGGCAGGAACCUUUCGCUUCAAACCAACACUGAGUCAAGCUCUCUGUGCUGCUACAACCCAAUGACCAACCAGUGGAGCCAGCGAGCCUCCCUCAACAUCCCCAGGAACAGGGUCGGCGUGGGAGUGGUGGACAGCUGCAUCUACGCUGUCGGAGGCUCCCAGGGCUCCACGCAUCACAACACGGUGGAGAGAUGGGACCCCGAGUCUAACCGCUGGUCCUUUGUGUGCCCGAUGUCUGUGGCUCGUCUGGGUGCUGGAGUGGCGGCCUGUGGGGGGGUCCUAUAUGUGGUGGGGGGAUACGACGGGCAGAACCGCUGGAACACUGCUGAGAAAUACCAGCCUGACACCAACACCUGGCACCAGCUGGCACCCAUGAGCACUAUACGCAGUGGACUAGGAUUGGUGUGUGUGAACUCCUACCUGUACGCAGUAGGAGGGUAUGACGGGCAGAACCAGCUGUGCACUGUUGAGCGCUACAAUAUAGCCAGGAACCAGUGGGAGCCCAGGGCCUCCAUGCAGUACUGCCGCAGUGCUUAUGGAGUCACCGUCCACCAGGGCUGCAUCUUUGUCCUGGGAGGUUUUAACCAGCACGGCUUCCUGUCCAGCGUUGAGUGUUACUGUCCCGAGACAAAUGAAUGGACGCGUGUCACAGACAUGCCUGUCGGACGCAGCGGGAUGGGUGUCGCUGUUACCAUGGAGCCCUGUCCCGGCAGCCUGCCAGAACAAGAGGAGGACGAGGACGGAGCCACAUAGGAAGAAAACUGCGCAAACGUCAACAGUUUUUU